ACAAAUUUUCCGUUCCAGGGAUUUUAAAGGUCUUAAUCUAUUCGUGGUACGGUCUUUUUCUGAACCUGGGCGGAGAGCCUGAGUCACCCUGCGAGGAGUGGCUGCCCAGCUGCCUGGCCAGAGCUGGUUGCCGGGCCUUCGCUCGGGAGCGCGCGAUUCUGCGGACAGUCACCAUGGGAGGCAAAGGAGGAUUCAUCCUGCUGCUGCUUGUCCUGGCUGUCCUCUGCCAUUCAGGUCAUAGCCUGACAUGUUACACCUGUGUUGCCAGUGAUGUGUGCAAUAAGACCACCGUUUGUUCGCCUAAUCUUGAUGCGUGUCUUUUGGUCAACUCCGAGCCAAACGUUUUUUACCACCACUGUUGGAAGUUUGAUGAUUGCAAUUACAACUUCAUCUCCAAAGCCUUAGGGCUGAGGAAGCUCGAGUACCACUGUUGCCAGCAGGACCUGUGUAACAGAAACGCCGCGGCCCGGGGCGCCGGCAGCCAGGCUCUGCUGCUGAGCCCCCUGCUGGUGGCAGCCUGGACCCUUUGUCUCUAAAUCAACACUGGGAGGCCUUCUCCUAAUCUGUGUGUUUCUGUAUAUUUCUUAUUUCCUUGGCUGCUGCCUUCCAAAUUUUUCACCUGGAUCCCGCUGGGCAAGACUAAAACUAGCUCGAGCCGUGUGGUUAAGAGAGAGACUCUUGAGAGACUUUGAAGACCAGUUCCUCCGGCAGCGAAGACCCAUCGGAGGGACAAAACGUAAGGGCGCAGCUUGCGCCAUCUGAGCUAGGUCACAUGCUUCUUCCUCGGCUUUGCAAGAGUAGCCUCGCCGUGACAGCUUGAGUACCUUAGAUUCUCUGCAUGCCCCGGUCAUUUCCCCUCCGAUGGCUGGGAGGUAGUUACUAAAUACUCUGAUCAGUGCUUUCUGGCGGGGGGGGAGACUGGGGCAGGGGAUUCUUUUCAACAGCCUCUCCCAGGGAAUGCCUUCAUCCUCUCCCUUUAUGGCCCCCCAUGCUGCCAUGCCGGCCUGACCAAGCUCCCACGUGUGGGCUGUCGGUCAGGCGCAGCGAGAGUCUCAGCGCCGUGUGUGUGUGUGUGUGUGUGUGUGUGUGUGUGUGUGUGUGUGUGUGUGUGUGUGUGUGUGAUUGCAAUGACCUUUGUACUCUCAACUAGCAGGUGUCUGGCGCAGCGAGAGUCUCAGCGCCGGGUGUGUGUGUGUGUGUGUGUGUGUGUGUGUGUGUGUGUGUGUGAUUGCAAUGACCUUUGUACUCUCAACUAGCAGGUGUCUGGCAGGGAAGGAGGGGUGUGUGUGUGUGUGUGUGUGUGAUCGCAAUGACCUUUGUACUCUCAACUAGCAGGUGUCUGGCAGGGAAGGAGGGGAGCUUCCCACAUGGCAGGGUGUGGAACCACCAGGUCUGUCUUCCGAAAGCUAGCAGUUGGCUAAAACCCAAGUUUUCCUCUGUCCGUCAGUUGUGAAUGAGCUUUGCUGUCUUCACUAGAAAAACCAAACAGCAUAUAAUAAUGAUGUGUUAAAACUACCCCCCUGACUUUUGUAUCGGAUUGGUGGGGUAUCUUGGCUUUGUCACACACAGUUAAAGACAGAACGUUGGGACAUUCUUUGUUAAAAAUUACUUGCAGUAGGGGCGCCUGGGUGGCUGAGUCGUUAGGCGUCUGCCUUUGGCUCAGGUCACGAUCCCGGGGUCCUUGGAUCGAGCCCAGCAUCGGGCUCCCUGCUCCGCGGGAAGCCUGCUUCUCCCUCCCCCGCUCCCCCUGCUUGUGUUCCCUCUAUCGCUGUGUCUCUCUGUCAAAUAAGUAAAUAAAAUCUUUAAAAAAAAAAAAUCAGGAAAACUUCCUUUAAGAAAAAAAUGACUUGCAGCAUUAAAUGUGCCUACUUGAAGUAGUACUGGUGUCGGGUCUCUUCCUCUGUGUCUGUGUACUUUAUGAACACAGAGAAGAGCUCUGGGGCUGCAGCUUGGGACCUCCAGAUGCCCUCGUAAACAGCAACGGGGGUGUGUUUUUACCUGCGGACACCAGGCCUGUUGACCCCUAGCUGACUUAGCCCCGUUUGCGGAGGAGACGUUUGUCAGGGUUAUUAACAUAAUCACAAGUGUUGAGGCUUUUGGAAGCUCUCCCAGUUUCCUAAAAAGUGAUACACCUUUUCAGGAGGGUAGAGUUUGCUUUUCUUGUGGGUGUUGCUGAAUAAUUCUCAAGAUCCAAUAGAUGUAAGGACACUUGUAUUCUUAUGAUCUUGGCUGUCUUUAACAGCUUAGCUUGACUGUUUGCAGCUGAAGGUGGGAUUUCACGAUUAACAUUUUUUUAAACCCCUUGAUCACAUAAUCUGUGCGACAAACUGGAAUGACGGAUGUCUUUCUGAAAAUAAAAUAUAAUCGAGUGCAU